CGCAUCCUUCAUCUGGCUUCCCCUUUCUGCCUCUCUCUCUCUCUCUCACCCUCACCCUCCCACUUGCUCUCGAACCACCUAUGCAGCAGCAAUGUCUCUGUCGACGCCGCCCCUGCCAUUCUCCUCUCGGUCGGGACAGAAACAGUCCAAGCGGACGAGCUUCGGCCCCUUCUCCCUCAAGAAAAGGCACCAGCAUCCUGUCGAGCUUGCCCCGGCUCCGGCUUCGAUAGCACCCUCGGUCGAUGAAUCCACAGGCACCGACGACGAUACACUCGUCCACCUCGAGCCCCUGCCAGCGCACCAGACUGCGGAAACCCAAACCAAUCUCUCGUGGAGCCACCUCAAAUCUGUCGCCGAGGCGCAUCCAGAGUCUUGGGACGAGUACCUCAGGCUGGCACCCGCGCAGGACAGCGGCGAAUAUCCGCUCUUUCAGAUCGUCCAGGAGGAAAUGGAGCGGGCCAGGCAGAUGAGCGAGUCGCUGGAGCGCAUCUGUCUGACGGUCAACCGUCUGAUCGACCAAUGCGAGAUAUCGCUCAUCACGGGUCCGGAGCUGGGACCGGAUCUGCGGGAUGAUCACCAUCAGAGCGCCUCGAGCCAGAAGCAGCGCAUUGCCUGGUCAAAGUGCUUCCAAAACGCUGUCGCCUCCCGCGACGACAAUGAGAUCGGUCCCUAUCCCGCCGAUCCCGGUGGCCUCGGCCCUGGCUCGUUUGGAGACGGUCUCUCCCCGGUCAACUCAGUAUCCAUGGACGACACCGGUCCGCCGGGACUCCUGCAGUGGCGACGGCCGCCGCCGAAUGCGGCCGAGCUUGCUUCCUCAGCACCAGCUCAGGCACAAGUACAGUCAGAACAUCCCUCAUUGCGUUUGACCCGGGCGGCCCAAGGAACCGACCCGCCUCCUCAUGAAACUGGGCUCGCUCCUCUGGUUCGACCGGAUACCUCGCCUCGUCCUCGGUCUCUGGGGAGUGAGAAGCCUCUGCCGACUCAUGAGCCCGAGUCCGCUGCUCAGGGCAACCACGAUGAGAUCGAUGACGACGGCGAUGCUCUCAAAGGCGGACAACCGGUACCGCUUGCGUUGCCCGCCGGGCUUACGACCACCGAGCAAGCAGUUCAAACCGACAGAUCCGACGUGGCGUUUGAGUCGCCCCUCCUGGAUCCUCGCGGCGAUACCAUCCAUCUCACGCACACAGCACGACCUCUUGAAGCAGAUACCCCCGCCGCUGUCCCCGAUGCCGACAGCGAUAUUGACAUGAUCGAUGACAUCAGCAUUGAUCAGACCGACGACGACGACGACGACGACGACGACAAGGAGCAAGUCAUCUCUAGCAACAGCGACGCCGCGGAUGCGGCAGCCCGGAAGCCCGGAAGCAACGACGUCAAUGGUGCUGCUCACCUGUCGCAGUCCCCUGGCUCCGGCUCCGGCUCCGGCUCCGGUGCCUUUUCAUAUCCGGCCUUUGGACAGGGCCGGUACGGCCUGGGACUGGGCAUCCGGCCAAUGUCGGGGAAUCUUGGGGUCUUGGGGCCGGCGAGCCGUCCUCGCAAGUUGUAGUGUACCAAUACAAGCAGAUUCAGCGUGUUAGAACACACCGUUUCUUUCGGACUUAGCACGCCGUGGUCGGAUCAUAUCAUACUUGGCCAACAGCGAUCAAGUGGGUCAUCAUCGCCCUGGG